AUGCCUAUUACUUAUAAGCUCUAUGUCUUUAAGCUUUCGCUGUGGGCUGCUGUACCCCGUCUUCUGAUUGCCGAAAGGGGACUCGAGGGAAUCCAGGAAAUUGAAAUCGAUCUUAGCAAAGGCGAAAACUAUUCCCCCGAAUUUCUGGCUAUCAACCCUCACGCCACUGUUCCUACACUUGAGGUCUUCCGGGACGGUGUGCGAACGGACGUGCUGACCGACUCGAUCUCUGUUAGCGAAUACCUCAACAAACUGUCGGGCCCAAAGACAGAGGUGCCCAGACCUACCGACCAAGGUUCUAAGCUGCUCCAGAGGAUGCAUGGUGAGGCCGAUGUCGGAAACCCGCUCUUUUUUACGUCUGGGACAAGGGAGGAGCUUGAGUUCAAGAAAUCGAUUGUCGUGCCGUUCCUUGAGGGCCGUGUGGAGGCCUGGCAAGAGUACAGGACCCAGGCACCCGAGCAUGGCCAGCUCUAUGACCACAACAUUGCACAAACACAACAAUUGAUUGGCUUUUACAACGGACACGCAGAUCCCAGUCCACUGUUUGCCAUGAAUGCGAACCAAUGGAAGCUCGGGGCUGAAUUCCUUGACACGGUUGAAUCCGGUCUUGGCAACCAAGGCGAAUAUCUUGAAGGCCCAUCUUAUUCACUUGUCGAUGUGCAUUUCACACCUUAUCUAUUCCGUCUUGUUGCAGUCAAGAAUGAACUCGUGUUUGAAAACAGGCCCAAACUAAAGGCAUAUUAUGAUCGUAUCCAGGCUCGCGAUAGUUUCUCUAUCUUUCAUUAA